AAGGAAGAACAUUGUUGUCAAGAUGCCUAAGGUUAUUAAGAAGACAACAAGCACAGGCAAGAAAUCCCAUCAGAAGGCUUCAACGUCAAGAUCACGCAAUCGCAGUGACAGUCCUAUCGUUAGGACAGCUGUUAAUGUCAGCCAGAUUUCCAAACCAAAAAGAAAGAAAGCACGAAGCGGUGAUGAUGAAAUGUUCAAGGAGCGUACAGUAUCUGCAAGGACCUUCUCACAUUGGAAACCCAUCACUAAAUCAUCUCAGGCUUUACUUGUUCAAACAAUCGACAGCGCCAUCAUAUCGGUGCUUUCUGAGACAAGCUCUGUGGCAUAUUCAGAUGUGCGAGAUGUUCUAAAUAAUCUGAAGAAAAGGAUACUGGACAAGUCCAGGAAUCUGAAGGCCCCUGCAACUAAACGCCCUAAAUUCAACACACUGGAGGCCGCUUGUCAAAAGUUAGAGAGUGAAGUGGUAGAAGCAUUGAACCAAGAGGAACAAUUAUCAGAGAUGGUGGAACAGAUGACAAGGACAGUGCAAGAAAAGGAAGAAAUCUUGGAGGAACUUGAAAAAGCUGCCAGCAAAACAAAGAAAAAGUCCCAAUUAUGAUAUGUUACAGAGUUUAUGUUUAACAUUCUAAAACUAAUAUUUAAAUACCUAUGAGCACAAA